AUGAUAAAUUUAGUCCUGUUCCAACAACUCUUCAACAUCCUCUAUGAUGAGAAAGUCGAUUGCAAGCUCGAAAAAUCAGCACUAGUAGAGCAGAGAAUGCUCAACUGGAACAAGAUUAAUGCUCAAAUAUGCUUCAACUAUCUCUAAUAAUAAUUCUACCUGGUUAAGCCAUCAAUGAAGGCUCUAGCAAAGGGCAACAAUGAGGAAGUCAUUAUUAAGCUACUUAAGAAUCUUAUCAACUGUACCCAAGGCAACUAUCAUGAUGCUUUCCUUGACGAUGAGGGUAUCAGAGACAUCGCUGAUGUUAUGCAAACUGACAAGCCACUCUAUGCUGAGGGUGAAGAUCCAUCAGUUGUAGAGACUGCUAGUUAAAGAUCAGCCAAGUAAAGCACUGGAAAGAGAUCAGAGCAAUUUGCCUAUCUUGAAGAACAACUAUAACAAAAUCAAUAGUGA